UAUUGGUGUACCGUUGGCAGUGGCAGGUGAAGCUGAGCUGUCUACGCGGCCAGGGGCGCUUGUGAAGCGGUUCCUGUGGUGGCUAGAUUGCUGCUCUGCCGUGAUCAUAGGUAUACAGUACGAUGAGUAAUUACUAAGUGAACACUGAGUGAUCACUACCACAGUCAAGAACUAGAACGUUCCUAGUACUGGAGACCUACUCCUCCCCCCAUCAAUUCCUGAAUAUUCCUCCUGCCUCACCACUACAAGAGGUUAACAGCAACCGGAUUUUUAUGGAUUUCAGUUUGUUGAAAUGAGCAGUCGUAAAUCAAAGAGUAACAACUUAAUACAUGCAGAGCUCCUUUCACAGGUACAAAGAGUUUUACGGGAAAGAUUUUGUCAUCAAAGCCCACAUAGUAACUUAUUUGGAGUACAAGUACAAUACAAACACUUAAUUGAGCUGCUAAAAAGAACUGCUAUCCAUGGAGAAAGUAACUCUGUUCUCAUUAUUGGGCCCCGAGGAUCAGGAAAGACCACGUUAAUAAACCAUGCUUUGAAAGAACUAAUGGAAAUAGAAGAAGUGAGUGAGAAUGUAUUACAAGUUCACCUAAAUGGACUGCUGCAGAUCAAUGAUAAAAUUGCCCUAAAGGAAAUCACAAGACAGUUAAAUCUGGAGAAUGUAGUUGGAGAUAAAGUUUUUGGAAGCUUUGCUGAAAACCUUUCAUUUCUUCUGGAAGCUUUGAAAAAAGGUGACAGGUCUAGUAGUUGCCCAGUGAUCUUCAUAUUAGAUGAAUUUGAUCUUUUUGCUCAUCAUAAAAACCAGACACUCCUCUAUAAUCUUUUUGACAUUUCUCAGUCUGCACAGACUCCACUAGCAGUUAUUGGUCUUACAUGUAGAUUGGAUAUUUUGGAACUCCUAGAAAAAAGAGUGAAGUCACGAUUUUCUCACCGGCAGAUACAUUUAAUGAAUUCAUUUGGUUUUCCACAAUAUCUUAAAAUAUUUAAAGAACAAUUAUCUCUACCUGCAGAAUUUCCAGACAAGCUCUUCACUGAGAAGUGGAAUGAGAGCAUUCAGUGUCUCACGGAAGAUAGAAGUGUGCGAGAAGUACUACAAAAGCAUUUCAAUGUCAGCAAAAACCUGCGGUCAUUACACAUGCUAUUGAUGCUUGCUUUAAAUCGCGUAACAACAUCACACCCGUUUAUGACUGCAGCAGAUAUGAUGGAGGCCCACCAGUUCUGUAGCAUGGACUCUAAAGCAAAUAUCGUACAUGGUCUCUCAGUCUUGGAAAUCUGUCUUAUAAUAGCAAUGAAACAUUUAAAUGACAUCUAUGAAGAGGAGCCCUUUAAUUUUCAAAUGGUCUAUAAUGAGUUUCAGAAGUUUGUUCAAAGGAAGGCCCAUUCUGUUUAUAAUUUUGAGAAACCUGUUGUCAUGAAGGCUUUUGAACACUUACAACAAUUAGAAUUAAUAAGGCCCAUGGAAAGAACUUCAGUAAAUACACAGAGAGAGUACCAGCUGAUGAAACUACUUUUGGAUAAUACUCAAAUUAUGAAUGCUUUGCAGAAAUACCCCAACUGUCCUACAGAUGUUAGGCAGUGGGCAACAUCCUCGCUAAGCUGGUUAUGAACAUAACCAGUGGCUUCACUUAUGGAGUUUCAGGCAUACUUCUCUAAGGAACUAAAAGCUGUUUUCCUUUAACAAGAUAUGUUAUUACAUUUUUUUAUAUUUAUAAAACUGUAUUUUUGUAUUUAUGGGAGACUGUUAUACAUGUAGGUCUUGGCUGUGUCUUGCCUUUGAAUCAUGAACAGUUACAUGAUUUAUAAUUCCAGUGGUUUAGAUUAUAUUGUAAGAGUUCAAAGAAAUAAAUGUGACUGUUUUAGGAAAUGAA